AUGCCCAGCGGCGACACUUUCAAUUCGAAGGACUUCUCAUCAUGGGCACAGUUAACUCCAAUAAAACAGGGGAAUGACUCACAGCACUAUCAGAUGGCCAGGAGAGUCACAG